GCUGAGAUCUCAGCCAUUUCUCUCAAAAACUAGGGUUUACUCUCUCACCAGAGCAGCUUCUUUCUCCAAUGGCGCCCAAGAAAACUCUCCGUAACCCAGAACUAAUUCCUGGCCUGGGAAAAUUCUCACGUUCUAGAAUGUACCACAAGAAAGGUCUCUGGGCAAUCAAGAAGAAAAACGGCGGCACAUUUCCAUCUCACAGCAAAAAACCCACCGCCGCCGCUCCGGCCGUAAAACCCCCAAAGUUUUACCCCGCCGAUGACGUGGCUAAACCACUUGUGAACAAACACAAGCCAAAACCUACAAAACUCAGAGCAAGCAUUACACCUGGAACCGUUUUGAUUAUCCUAGCUGGUAGGUUUAAGGGGAAAAGAGUUGUGUUUUUGAAACAGCUUGGUUCUGGGCUACUGCUUGUUACUGGACCUUUUAAGCUUAAUGGCGUUCCUCUUAGACGUGUGAAUCAAGCUUAUGUUAUUGGUACCUCGACUAAGGUUGAUGUUUCGGGUGUGAAUGUGGAGAAAAUUGAUGAUAAGUAUUUUGCUAAGCAGGUUGAGAAGAAGCAGAAGAAGGGUGAAGGGGAGUUUUUUGAGGACAAGAAAGAGAAGAAGAAUGUGCUUCCACAAGAAAAGAAAGAUGAGCAGAAAGCUGUGGACGCUGCAUUGAUCAAGACCAUUGAAGGAGUUCCAGAAUUGAAGGCUUAUUUGUCCGCGAGGUUCUCACUCAAGGCAGGCAUGAAACCACAUGAGCUUGUCUUUUAGAGGAACAACAUCUACAACACUUUCUUGGAUAAAUUGAUUUUUUUACGCUCUACUUUUCUGUUUUGUUCGGUUUGAACCUGCGUUUAGAGGUCAUAUUGAUGCUUUGCUGAUUAUAAACGUCUUUAAUUAGAAUAUAUGCAUUAUGGGAGUUUUCGUGUUGA